AAAACCCUAAAUUCAUGUUUCAAAACUCACAAAUCCCAGACUGUCUGAAAAUGUAAAGCAUUGCAAAACAAAGACUCAUCCAAUUUACACCAUGAGGAAAACCCUGCUGAAACCCCUCUACCCCAUCACAAUCUGCAGACCUCAUUCAUCCCCCAUCAAUGGCGGAACAACGACUCACACUCACCACCCACUUCAUAACCCAUCAAUCCCCGACCCAAACCCACUUCCACUCUCCAACUCCAGGUGGGUUUUCACCACAACCGCACCCCUACCGCCAGAAUGGGUCGAACCCAUCAACGACACCUCUGACCUCAUCUCACCGAACCCCAAACCCUCCCCAUGGGUUGACCAAAUCUUCAAUCUUUUAAACGAUGACGUUUCAUCUCAAAUGGAACCCAAAUUGGAUGCCUUUUGCCGCAACUGGUUCAUCAGAUUAUCACCCAAUUUCGUCUGUUACAUUCUUUCUUCGGGUCGGGUCAAAACCCGACCCGAAUUGGCCUUCCGGUUUUUCAAUUGGGCAGGUAGUCAAAAGGGUGGUGGGUGCAAUUAUUCUCAUAAUCUUGAAUGCUAUGCUUUAUUGAUUGAUGUUUUAUCUGGUUCUAAAGAUGUUGAUAGGGUUAAGUGUGUGUUUAAUGAGGUUAAAAACAAGGGGUUUGUUAUGAACAUAAAGUCUGCAAAUUUGUUGAUAAAAUCAUUUGGGAAUCUUGGUAUGGUUGAAGAAUUGUUGUGGGUAUGGAAGGAAAUGAAGGAGCAUGAAAUCGAACCGAGCUUGUUUACGUUUAAUUUUUUGAUUAAUGGGCUGGUUAAUUCGAUGUUUAUGGAAUCUGCUGAGCAGGUUUUGGAAGUUAUGGAGGCCGGGUUGGUUAAACCCGACGCUGUAACAUAUAAUAUGAUGAUCAAAGGGUACUGUAAAUGUGGGAAAACGAAGAGCGCGUUUGAGAAGUUUAAGAGAAUGGAAGAGAUGAACAUAGAGCCUGAUAAGAUUAGUUAUAUGACUUUGAUCCAAGCUUUUUAUUCGGAUUGCGAUUAUGAUUAUUGUUUGAAACUUUAUAAUGAAAUGGAGGAAAAGAGGGUUGAAAUACCGCCACAUGCUUAUAGUUUAGUGAUUGGUGGUCUUUGUAAAGAUGGGAAGCCGAUGGAAGGUUAUACGUUGUUUGAAAGUAUGAUUCAAAAGGGCGGUAAAGCUAAUGUUGCAAUGUAUACUGCAUUAAUGGACGCGUAUGCAAAAGCCGGGCACAUAGAUCAGGUGGUUAGGCUUUUCGAGAGGAUGAAUAAUGACGGUUUUAGCCCCGAUGAGGUUACUUAUGGUGUUAUUGUGAACGUUUUAUGCAAAACCGGAAGACUAGAAGAGGCGUUAAACUAUUUUGAGUUGUGUAAAGAGAAUAAAGUUACGGUUAACGCAAUGUUUUAUUCGAGUCUUAUAGACGGAUUUGGAAAAGCCGGGAGAUUGGACGAGGCCGAGAAGCUUUUUGAAGAAAUGGUUAAUGAUGGAUGUAGUCGGGAUUCGUAUUGCUACAAUGCACUUAUCGACGCAUUGGUGAAAAACGAUAAGGUUGAUGAAGCAUUGGCGCUUUUUAAUAGGAUGGAAAUAGACGGUUGUGGUCAAACGGUGUAUACAUACACAAUCAUAAUGAGCGGUUUAUUUAACAAACAUCGAAACGAAGAAGCGUUAAAGAUUUGGGAUAUGAUGAUUGAUAAGGGAAUAACUCCCACGCCUGCUUCUUUUCGGGUUCUUUCAACCGGGCUUUGCCUUUCGGGUAAAGUGUCACGAGCAUGUAAGAUUUUGGAUGCGUUGGCACCAAUGGGGGUGGUUAUAGACACGGCGUGUGAAGAUAUGAUUAAUGUUUUGGUCAAAGCUGGUCGUGUGGAGCAAGCGUGUAAAUUGGCUGAUGGGAUUGUGGAAAGGGGUCGAGAGAUACCAGGGAGGGUUCGUACGGUUUUGAUCAACGCUUUGAGGAAAUCCGGGAAUUCAGAGAUGGCAAUGAAACUGAUGCAUAGUAAAAUUGGGAUUGGGUAUGAUAGGAAGGGCAGUGUGAAGAAGCGAGUGAAGUUUCGCGUGCUCGUUGACAAGUGAGAUUGUUUCAAAGGGUAUUUUUGUAACUUUGUAGAUCCCAAUCUUGCAGUGUUUGGAUAGCAGCUGAAGCUAGUUACCAUGAGUGAGGUUAAUAAAAAAGCGACAGGCCCGUUAUAUGGAAUGUUCAAGCCAUCUAGUACCUCGGGGAAGAAAGGGGGGAAACUUAGUUGGAAGUGCAGAAUACAAAGACGUCCAAAAGAAGCUCAGACUUGAUGCGGUGCAAAAAUUUGCACGUUGGAUGCAUGAUGCAGGUAUUGCAUUCAAUGCGGUGAAGUAUGAUAGUUUGGCGCCCGCAAUUGAAGCGAUUGGUAGAUAUGGUUGCGGUAUGAAACCCCCUAGCUAUCACGAGGUACGUGUUCCGAUGUUGAAACUAGAGUUGGAACAUACAAAAAAGAUUUUGCACGAUAACGAGGUUGAGAAGGGAACAUAUGGCUGUUCUUUGAUGGCCGAUGGAUGGAGAGACCGGAAGGGAAGGGCUUUAAUCAACUUCCUAGUUAAUACUCCUUGAGGAAGCAUGUUCAUCGAAUCGGUCGACGCCUCUAGCUAUUCUCACACGGGUGAGAAGAUGUUCGCAUUGUUUGACCAAUUUAUUAAGAAGGUAGGGCUUGAUCAUGUCAUUCAAAUAGUAACGGAUAGCGCAUCCAAUAAUGUUGUGGCGGGUAAACUUGUGGAAGAAAAGUAUCCGCACAUAUAUUGGACUCCUUGUGCGGCUCAUUGCAUCGACUUGAUGUUUAAAGAUAUCUUUAAAAUGGCUCAUUUAAAGAGAACUCUUGAAAAGGCAAUUAAGGUGAACACAUACAUAUACAAUCGCACGUUGCUAUUGAACAUAAUGAGAGAAUUCACCGGCCAAAAGGACAUGGUUAGGCCCGCGAAGACUCGAUUUGCUACUGCCUUCAUCACACUCAAUUGUUUUAAAGCAAAUAAGAAGAGCUUAAAAAAAUGUUCACUUCGGAAGAGUGGGUCAAUAGCAAGUUCUCAAGUGAGAUUAUCGGUAGGCAAGUAGCCAAUGCUAUAUUGUUGACGGACUUUUGGAACAAUAUCAACAUUGCGGUGAAAGUUGGUCAUCCACUAUUAGGAGUGCUUCGGUUGGUUGAUGGAGAGAAAAAGUCUCCUAUGGGCUAUAUUUAUGUGGCGAUGGAUAAUGCAAAGGAGUUAAUUGCUAGAAAUUUCAACAACAAAGAAGAAAAGUAUGGAGACAUUUUUGAAAUAAUUGAUAGAAGGUGGGAUUGCCAGUUACAUCAGCCUUUACAUGCAACGGGAAACUACUUGAAUCCGUCUUUGUACUACAACAAUAUCGAUAUUGAGCAUGAUGAAGAGGUCAAAGCUGGGUUAAUGGCUUGCAUUAAAAGUUGUCAUUGAAUGAAGACGAGCAGAUGAAGAUUCAUCUUGAGCUCCAAUUAUAUAGAACCGCUGAAGGGAUUUUUGGAGAACCGGUGGCAAAGAAAAUGAGAACAAAACUUGCUCCUGCGGUUUGGUGGAUGCAAUAUGGAUCAUCGGCACCGACUCUAAAAAGGUUUGCGGUUAAGGUGCUUAGUUUAACAUGUAGCUCGUCGGGGUGCGAGCGCAAUUGGAGCGUAUUUGAACAUCUUCAUUCCAAAAAAAGAAACCGACUCGAGCAAAAAAAGCUUAAUGAUCUUGUAUACAUUAAGUAUAAUCGGGCUCUAAGAAGAAGGUACGAUAUGCGUGAUACGAUUGACCCGAUUAUCUUAGAUGAUGCAAAUGUACAAGAUCCGCAUGAGUGGUUGAUGGGAGCGUUAGAAGAGGAGGAUGAAGAAGAUGUCCCGGUGGUCGAGGGUGAAGAUUUGACAUGGGGUCAUGUAAGGGAUGCUACUGGGGCGGAAGAGGCGCCCUAUUCGACAAGAGCACGUGGGAGUAAAAAGGGUGCCAAGAAUACCGCAUCGAGCUCAAGGGCAAAAGGAAAAGGUUUAGUUGGUGAAGAAGUUUGUGAUGAUGUUGGAGAAAACGAUGCUGGGGCUUAUAAAGAUUUUGUGCUAACAUCGGAUCAAGAUGAUGAUCCCACGACCCGGAAUAUGAAGAGUUGGAUGAGUUGUGAUUGACUAUUUUAGCUAUUUAGGUGUUUGAAUGUUUAUUUAUUUUGGAUGUUUGAAUGUAAAACAGUUUCUUGAAUUUUUGACUACUUUAUCGCUA